AUGUUCCUAACGAGCCCGACCAGGAAACCGAACCAACGCACGUCUGAGACGAUAGAGCAGCGGGAGUACGAACGGGACAUCCUUCGUCGGCAUUAUCCCGAGGACAGACGACGGGUCGAUCUGAGGCAUCUUGGAGGAGAGGAGACUCAGGACUCCACCGACGGUCAACGACGGGUUGAUCCUGACGAUCUUGUAGGAGGGGAGCCUCAGCACUACACAGACGAUGAAAGCCGGGUGAACCAUCUUGCAGGAGACGGGCCAGGAAUGCCAGCCCGGGAAGGGGCCGACGGCAGAGCCGCCAAGGACGAGGAUGGUAAUGGUAAUGAGAAAAGGCCGUCCCCUUCAUCGUCUGCCGGCACCCGCGCCAAGGUCAAAGGCAAACUCAAGGCGUUCUGGAACAAGACGGUCGUGCCGGCCUUUCCCGAGGCCAUCGCGGACAUCUCGAUCAUUAAAGCGGCACUCAAGGUCGAGGCCACAAUCACCAAAGACUUGAGGGACACGAGUCGGCAUCCCGAGGUUGCCAGGUCUGCCACGGUGAGACGAGGUUUCGAACUGGCACCGGAAGAACACCAGUUCCGCGCCGCAAGAAAGGUCAAAGUCCGGGACGCGUUCUGCCGAUACCUGGACCUCGACCCUGCGGAAGUGCACGUCGAUGAUGUGCCCAUCGUGGCGUUUGGCGGGUCCGGCGGAGGGUACCGCGCCAUGAUAGGCAUGCUGGGGUACGGGGACGAAAUGAAACGCUCGGGCCUGUGGGACGUGUUGACAUACGUGUCGGGCGUGAGCGGGAGCUGUUGGAGUCUGGCCGCUUACUAUACCUGGGCGGGCACCAGUAUGGAGGCCGUGAUUCGGCAUUGCAAGCAGAGGUUGCAUCCCCAUCAUCCGUUGUCGCCCGAGGCCAUCCGCGAGGUGCUGCACGCGCCGGGCGGGCCGUCGAAGACGCUCGGUCCGUUGGUGCAGAAGCAUCGGACGGGACUCUCGACCGUGGCGAUGGAUCUGUACUCGGUGUUUACGACAGGCCAUCUGUUCCUGGUGCAUGAUCCGGCUUUGGAGCCUCCCGGGUCGCACGGGAUCCAAAAGGAGGUGGCAGGUCAGCACGAGCAGUGGUUCAAGUGGUCGUCAGCGAACUCCCAUCUCGUUGAUGGCAACGAGCCUUUGCCAAUUCUCACGGCGAUUCGGCAUGAGAGGCCGUGGAAGGACUGGGUGGAUAAAGAACACCCGUUCAAGGACGCAGACCCCGGAGCCAAGGAGCAUGAAGAAGCACAAGACGCGUGGUUCAACUGGUUCGAGAUUUCACCUAUCGAGGUCGGCUGCGACGAAUUGGAAGCAUGGUGUCCGACGUGGGCGUUCGGCCGGCCGUUCGAGAACGGUCGAGACACUAUGCAGAUACCCGAGCAGUCGUUGGCCUUGCUGUUGGGCCUAUGCACGAGCGCGCCGGCGGGGCCGUUGACUUCAUACCUUGCGACCAUCAAACGUAGCCUCCCACCGGGGUUUAUUGGCAACUCGAUCAACGAUAUGGCCAAAGGCGUUGCGCGGAUGUGGGGUGAGAAGGGCACCGAGGAGUUCCAGGCGCACCAUCCGCUGCACGCGGUCAACGAACAUAAUUUCAUGUUCCACCUGACCAAAGGCGAGGUCAAGGACACUGCAUCGCCGUCGCCGCCGAUUGAGAACUCGCCACGGAUCCACCUCAUCGACUCGGGAAUGGACAACAACUGCCCGACAUAUGUCAUGCUCCAUCCGCGCCGGCACGUCGAUGUGAUCCUGAACAUGGACGCCUCCAGUGACGUGUUAAAAGGCACUUUUCAGGAACGGGUCGACCAGAUCGCGGGUCGAAGAUGCCUCAAGUUCACCCAGCGGCAUCCCGAGCUCAAGGCUGGCACAGACCCUAAGAACCCCGAGCAAUUCCAGGGGCUGUAUGCACAAAUCUACGACGGCUCCAUCCUGGUUGACAGACCGCAGGAAGUCGUCGACUCGUACGGCCACACGGUGACAAAUCCACCUGCCCCGUCCUGUCUGCAUGAGUCGACCAUGAUAUACCUCCCGUUACUGCCGAACCAGGCUGCCGUGGCGGAUUUUGACCCAUCGACCGCGAAGUUCUCGGGCUCGUAUAAUCUCGUGUGGACGCCCGAGCAGGUGGAGAUGUUGGUACGGGUGUGUGCUGCGAAUUUCAAGGCGGGCGAGGAGACGAUCAAGGCUGUGCUGAGGGAGCAGUGGUCGAAGAAGAAGGCCAAAAGGGAAGCCGGAGCUGCUGGCGUCUUACCUCUUUCCGAUUCUGGUAGGGGAGCAACUGCAUAG